AAUGGGGGGACUGACUCUGACCCUGGUGCUGCUGUGUCUGUCUGGGACUCUCAGUGAAGAUGCUGGAGAAGACAACCUGAAUGACAUCAUGGUACAGAUUCAGCCUGAACAGGGACAGGACAUAGAAAGUGAAGUUCUUCUCAAACAGAACCAAGCACCAUCCCUAGCCGAGACAAAUGGUAGCUGCCAGCCGGAAAUGUGUAACCUUCUUAGGCAUCUGGGAGCCAUGGAGGCCAGACUGACCACCGCAGAGAACCAAGUGGAAGAACUGAGUAACAUGAAGGCUACUGUUACUCUUCUACAGAGAGAGACUGAAGUUCAAGCAGCCGAGCUCAGAGCCAUGGAGACCAAGCUGAGCACUAGUGAGAGCCUGAUGAAGAGCAUGAAGAGAGAGAAUGAAGUACAGGAGAGGAAGCUUCAAGUAUUGUCAUUUAGAGCCAAUGCCACUGAGUUCAGAGUGGAGCAACAACAUAUCCUGCUUGACGAACUGAGGAGACAGAAUGAAGGUGUCUUCAAUGCCCCAGUGAAAGGAGUCUACUACUUCAGCUUCUCAUCAUUUGCCUAUAGUCAGCACAACCUUCAUAUAGAGAACUACCACAAAGGUGAACCCCAAAAGCAAACCCCUCCCCCUCCCACUUCCAGCCCGAGCUGCCAAGCUUAUCCCGGUGUCCCUGGCACACCUGGUCAUAACGGCCUGCCUGGGAGAGAUGGGCAGGACGGGCAUGAAGGAGUCACAGGACCCAAGGGAGAGAAAGGAAAAACAGGAAUAGGGGCUCAGGGACCCCCUGGUGAUGUGGGGCCAGCUGGACCUAAAGGGGAGAGAGGGGAGCCAGGAGAUGCAGGGGGAAACAGUGUGAUCAGCCAUUUACUCGCUGAGAUCCAACAGCUCAAAGCCAGACAGGCUAAUCUUGAGAAAGGUUUGAAGUUCUGCAACAACUUUGGUGUGACAAUGGCCAUACCAAGGAAUGAUGUGGAGAACCAAGCUCUUUCCAAAUUCAUUGUUGGUGCUUCUUAUGGUUUCCUGGGAGCAACAGACAGGAAAACGGAGGGUGUUUGGGUAGAUUUGAAUGAUGAGCCACUGACGUAUCUGGAUUGGCGCAGUGGAGAACCAAACAGUGGAGGUAAUAUUAUAGAAGACUUGUGGCGGUUUGACAACCAGGACAAAGAAGGCUAUUUUAUAAUCUCACACUGCUCACACUGGAAACGUCUGCUUUUCAGGUACAGCACCGGACAAUAG